AUGAAAUGGUAUGCUUAUUGUGCCUACAGGUCAGCUGCCAAGUCAUGGCAGCUAAGAAAAGUUAUUGAUGAUCAUAGUUGUAGUACAGUUUGUAAUGUGAAGUCUAAGUGGUUGAGUCAAAGGAUGGCAAAAUCUGUUAGAGAAAACCCUAAUAUGAAGGUGAUGGACAUUAGGGACAAAGUAAGUAGGAAAUGGAAUGUAGGAAUCUCUAGAAAUAUGGCUUAUAGGGCAAGAGCCAUGGCAAAAGAUAAUGUUGAGGGGUCAUUCAAGGAACAAUAUAGAAGAAUCUAUGAUUAUGGUCAUGAACUUCUAAGAGCAAAUCCAGGUUCAACAGUCAAAAUAAAGGUUGAAAAUAGUAAUGAAGAUUGUAUAUUCAAUAGAAUUUAUGUAUGCUUGAAAGCAUGCAAAGAUAGCUUCGUUAGUUGUAGACCCAUCAUUGGAUUAGAUGGAUGCUUUUUGAAAGGCAAGUAUGGAGGGGAGUUACUAACAGCAGUUGGAAGAGAUGGAAAUGAACAAAUUCUCCCCAUUGCAUAUGUUGUUGUUGAGACCUUGGUGGGGAAGCUGUUUGUGGAGCAUGUACAUUUAUUUCAGACCAACAAAAGAAAGAAAUUUCCUGGAAAAGACCUUAAACGUAUGAUGUGGAGGGCAGCAACAGCCACAUAUCCACAACUAUGGGAGGCUGAAAUGAGGAAAAUUAAAGAGAUAAAUGUAGACGCAUUUAAAUACUUGAUUGCAAUUCCACCUAGAUCUAGAUUCAGUUCUAGAUCACAAUCUGACACUCUUGUCAACAACAUGUGUGAGGGGUUCAACAGUGUGCUAGUUAGUAGUAGGUGUAAGCCACUUAUCAAUAUGUUAGAAGACAUUAGGGUUUACAUCAUGAAGAGAUGGGCUACGAACAGGACAAAAAUGGGUUUGUAUCAAGGUUCUGUGUGCCCUAAUGUUCUCAACAGAUUCGAAAAGCAGUCAUGGUUAACUAGAUAUUGGUUACCAAGAUGGUCAUCAAAUCAAUUAUUUGAAGUCUUACACAUUUCACAAUUUGGGGAGCAAUUUGUUGUCAAUAUUGAAAACAAGGACUGCAAUUGUAGAAAGUGGUUAAUAACUGGAAUUCCUUGCACUCACGUAAUAACUGCAACGAAAUUCUUGAAUUUAAAUGCAGAAGACUACAUUGGCCAUUAG